UCCAAUACUCUACUAUAAGUCUAUAACCUAGAUCAACCGCUGGUAGUUUCACCGAUAUUCCUGCCCCUGAUCCCAGAAAGAGACAAUGCCUGCAAAUUACGAUGCUUAAGCUCAAAAACAAAAGGUUCAUCAUAAAAAUAUGUCAAUAUUUGCUCCCAUUCAAGUAGGGCUGUAAAUGAGCCGAGCUGUUUGCGAGCGUCUUGGUGCUCGAUUCAAAAAAAAGCUCGUUCAAAACUCAACUUGUUUACUAAUGAGCCGAGCUUGAGCUUAGCCUUUUGCAGCUAGCGAAGCUCACGAGCUAGCUCGACUCGGUGGCUUGUUGAGGUCAACUCGUGAGCUGGCUCGUUUAGAGCUCAUGAGAUGUCUCAACUCUCAACAUUGUGGCUAGAGAGCCAACUCGAUUACCUAAUUAUGAGCGAAUCGAUCCAUAUGAGUUUGAUUUUGAUAAUUCAUAAGAUUGUUAAAUUAUAUGUAUCACCCUAUAUGAAGUUUAACACGUAGAUUAUUUGAACAAAUAUGUCUUAUCUAAUUUUAAAAAGUAAUUAUGUAUCAUAAAUUGUUUCGAUAUUAUGAAAUCACAUACUUUUCACUAGUUAAAAUUUGUUAACUAAAUAAUUUGAUACCACAAAGUAUAACAUGCGAUUAGUUAAUAUUGAACACUUAAUUAUUAUUAUGAUUUUCAUCUUGACAUUAAUCACAUGUAUCAUGUAUGACAUACAAAAUGAAUAUAUCAAAUACGAGUCAAGAUUUUAUUGAACUCGACUGGACCAGGCUCGUUAAUAAACUAGCCGAGCUCGAGCUCAACUAUUUAUUAAUGAACCGAGCUCAAAUUAGAGUAAAACUCGACUCGUCUCAUUUGCAGCUCAACAUUCAAAGCAACCCAUAGACAGCAUGAAUCAUUUGGAUUGGAUUAUUAUGAACCCAUAGUUCCAAACUGAUAAUGAAUCCGUUGGUUGAAAAAUUGACCUGUUGGUUAGAACUCCAUCAAUAUCCGUCGUUUGCAAAUCAUUGAGACAUCCCUCGCUCACCACAUCAUGAUAGGUACAAAUAUUAGACAGCGAUUCUCCAAUGGGCAAUGCCUUCUUCUCCGUUGCGAGUAGAAAGUGAGCUGUUAGAUGGCGUUUACCAAGAAUCUGCUGAAAAUGAUGAUGAGAUCAUCAGAAGGCUCCUUCUGAACUUUAUAUGAAUCUCUUCUCUACCAAUUUCUGAUGCCGACCCAAGUACUUCACUGGAAUGGAUCACGUUAGUUGUCAGCCACCUUUACAAUAUUCCUCUGUCUCUCAAACUCUCUGGCCACUGAAAGAACAGAACUGAACAGAGCAGAACCCUAACCUCUUGUCUCGAGAAAUCGAGCAAAUCCGCUCAGGACUGGAAGUCAAUGUCCCAGAGAACCCAAACAUCAGUAGCUCUCCGAUGCCGCAUGGAUAACGGAAUCGGGGCUGUUUACAGUUUCCUCACAGGACUUGGAAUCCUAGUCCAGAGCAUAUAUCGUUCCUCUAUAAAAUAACUGCUUCAAAAACCAAAAACACUCAAAAACUUGGCCAGAAAAACUACGAAGGUGGCUACAAUGGAACAGAAACAUACAAUGAAGGUCUCCAACAUUCAUGUUAAUGGGUCCAUAGUUCCAGAGGUCAUUCUAAUCGACGAUGACGAUGAUACUGCUCCUUGUGGCUAUACCGAGUCCCCAGCAAAGCAACUCACUGUUGCCGCCACAGAGAACUCUAAUGAUGAGAAUAAUCACCCAAUCGUACUGGGCCUCCCCUGCCCGCAGACUGCCAUGGAGUCGACCAAAAAGCGACCGCACAAUGAUAAGGAUGUAAACGAACUUGAUCGUGCAAGGUCAGCCUCGCGUCCACGAGUCACCAAUCCAGCUCCCAACUCUAUUCUUCUUCUUCCUCCUCGCACUGCGAAUAAGGGAAAGUCGGACAAGUGCUUGGCAAUGCCAGUAGGGAAGCCGCCACUACCGCCUCAUAAUCUGAGCAACCAGCAGUUGCCAUUGUCGAUGACGCAUGAAAGCCACAAUGGUGAUGAUCAAAGUGACGAAGAUAUUGCUGAAGCGGCGAAGAAGAGGGAAGGUGGUGCUUGGGUUAGGGAAUUUGCUAAAGAGCUGCUAAAGGGCGCGCCGUUGGAUCUGCUGGUGGAGAAGCCUAUUGAGAUGUUACCUAACCCAAGCUACCAGGAUAAAUCGUUUCACCAUUAGCUUCUAAGACUAAAGACAGUUCACAAAGCGAUUGAGAAUUGCACCCCCCCCCCCCCCCCCCCCCCCCCCCCCCCCCCCCUUUUUUGCACGUAUAUAAAUUCAAUUCAAUUCAUGGUUUUCCUUGAGAAACUUCAUUAGUCACAGUUCGUUAGAAUUUACCAAAUAACCUGGAUUGCAAUGC